AUGCUAGAUUCCUUCCAUCAAUUGGAAAACAUGAGACGUUUAAGUCUUAGAGAAAAUCGCCUCGUUGGAAACUUUCCCAUGUUCAUAUUUAAGUUGGGUCGCUUUGAUUCUACUUAUAACAAUUUUAAGGGAGAAAUAAAUGUUGAUUUUGGAAAACUCCGUCCUCGUUGGUGGUUAACUCUUGGUCCGAACGAGGGUCUUGGUGGCAUGAAAUAUUUCGAUUCGUUGUUGAAUCGCAACAAUUUGGAACUAUUGGAACUUGCGGGACUCCAUCUAAGGAGAGGGAUACUUGAUUGGGUUGGGAACUUGACCAAAUUGAGAGCUCUAAAAUUUCAAUAUACCUCUAUUUCAGGCAGCCUUCCUUCAUCUAUAGGAAACUUGCAUAGACUAACUAUAUUUUCUUUAGUCGGAAAUAACCUCAUGGGAAUGAUUCCUGAAAGCAUCGUCAAGCUUAGUAACUUAGUGUACCUCAAUCUUGGUUUCAACAGUUUUUCUGGGAUCAUUCCUAGAUCUAUAGGAAAACUUUUCUACUCUAAUCCAAGUAGGAAGAAAGACACACCAUCAGAAUCAAUAGGACAGAGUGAAUCUUUUGAAAAGGUUUCAUAUGAAAGGCUUUUCAAAGCGACUGAUGGGUUUUCUUCACAAAAAAUUAUUGGUGCAGGUAGCUUUGCUUUGUUUUUCAAAGGAGUUCUGGAUGAAGAGGGUACAAAUGUGGCAAUCAAAGUACUAAAUCUCCAACAAAGAGGAGGUUCCAAGAGUUUUAUAGCCGAGUGUGAAGCCUUGAGAAAUAUUCAUCAUCGAAACCUGGUUAAGAUCAUAAGUUCUUGCUCAAGCGUCAAUUUCCAAGGUAAUAAUUUCAAAGCUUUAGUGUAUGAUUUCAUGCCAAAUGGAAGUCUUGAGACUUUGUUGCAUUCAUGCAAGAAACUAGACCAUAUGCCUCCUCAUAAUUUGUGUCAACUAGAUCUCAUUCAAAGAAUAAGCAUUGCUAAAGAUGAGGCUUGUGCUCUUGAUUAUCUACACAACCAUUGUGGAAAUGUAGUUGUUCACUAUGAUUUGAAGCCAAGCAACAUUUUAUUAUAUGUUUAUAUGGUUGCUCACAUUGGAGACUUUGGGCUGGCAAAAAUUCUUACACUUGAACAACUUCCUAAUGCAAACAGGAGUAGUUGA